AUGAACAGAUUUUAUUCAAUGCAGACGGAGGAGCCGCAGAACGGGAAAGUAAAAGAGUCCUUCAGGUUUGUGGCGGAGGUGAAGAAAGAUGUGUGGAGAGACAGCAGAGAGGAGCAAUCAGAGCCCACCUGUUCUCUAAGUGUCAGAAAGAUCUCCUACACAGUCAGUGAACGUGUGGGUCCGUGGUGGGACUUACCCUCCUACAGGAAACGAUGGACUCGUCAGAUCCUGAAUGAUGUCUCCUUUCAUGUUGACAGUGGGCAGAUCAUGGGCAUACUGGGCAACUCAGGCUCAGGAAAAACCACAUUGCUGGAUGCCAUCUCAGGGCGGAUUGGGAACCAGGGCACGCUGCUGGGAGAAGUCUUCGUUAAUGGUAGAAAACUGAAGCAAGAGCAGUAUCAGGACUGCUUCUCCUAUGUGCUGCAAAGCGAUAACUUGCUGAGUUAUCUGACAGUGGAGGAGACUCUGACCUACACAGCUCAGCUGGCCCUGCGGAAACGCUCGGCUGAAGCUAUCAAGAAAAAGGUGUCAGCAGUGAUGGCUGAGCUGAGCCUUAGUCACGUGGCCCACAGUGUUAUUGGAGGUCAGGUUUUCCCUGGGAUCUCCGGGGGUGAGCGCCGAAGGGUCUCCAUUGCCAGUCAGUUACUUCAGGACCCAAGGGUGAUCCUAUUGGAUGAGCCGACCACUGGUCUGGACAGCAUGACCGCCAAUCAGAUUGUAGUGCUGUUGGCAGAGCUGGCCAGGAGAGACCGUAUCGUCAUAGUAACUAUCCACCAACCACGCUCUGAGCUCUUCAGGGUGUUCAACAGGAUAGCUAUAAUGAGUCGUGGGGAGCUAGUAUUUUGUGGACAAACAGAAGAGAUGGUGGAUUUCUUCAGCCAAUGUGGAUAUGAGUGUCCAGAGUACUGCAACCCCUUUGACAUCUAUGUUGACUUCACCUCAGUGGACACACGCAGCAGCGAGAGGGAGGCAGCCACAUUCACUCGCAUGCAUGAAAUCACUUCAGCCUAUCAGAGGUCUACCAUCUACCAGAUCAUGCUGGAAAAAAUGGAGCAGAGCUUGCAGAGAUCAGACAAGCCCGCCAUACCCUUUAAGAGCAAAGAGUCACCCAGCGGUGCUGCCAAACUUGGAGUUCUCCUCAGGCGCACAGUAAGAAACCUGUCCAGAGACAGGAUGGGUGUUCUGAUGCGUCUAUCCCAGAACCUGAUUUAUGGUCUGUUUGUGGCCUUCUUCGUCAUACAUUUAGACAUCGACGUCACUAAGGGUGCUGUGCAGGACCGCAUCGGCAUAAUCUAUCAGAGCAUCGGUGCUUCACCAUACACGGGCAUGCUGAACGCCGUCGCUCUCUUCCCAGCAUUGCGAGCCAUCGGUGAUCAGGAGAGUCAGGAUGGACUCUACACUAAAUGGCAAAUGUUCUUGGCCUACAUCUUCCACAUCCUGCCCCUCAGCAUCCUGAGUGUCUUCAUCUUCACCUCCUUCCUUUACUGGACAGUGGGGAUGCAUCCGGAAGGUUUGCGCUUCCUGUGUUUCACUGCUGUAGUUCUGGUGCCGCAUGUUAUAGGUGAGUUGCUGACUGUGGUGCUACUAGGUGUGGUCCAAGACCCUAACAUGGUCAACACUGGAGUGGCUCUACUCAAUAUUGCAGGGAUAGUAGUGGGAUCUGGCUUUUUAAGGAGCACCCAGCAGAUGCCACAGGUCUUUCAGUGGCUCAGUUACCUGACUUUCCAGAAGUACAGCUGUGAGCUGCUCAUAGUCACGGAGUUUCAUGGUCUCCAGUUCACAUGCAAUAAUUCCACAUCUUUGCCGGGAGCUUGUGUGGUCACCCAUGGUAAUCAGAUCAUUGAGGAGGGUUAUCCUGGCGCAUUGUCCCGAUACACACUAGACUUUGUUCUCCUCUACGCUUUCCUGCCUGCUCUGCUGCUGCUGGGCAUAAUUAGCUUUAAGAUCAGGGACAAGGUUGUGCGUCACUAA